CACAAACACACCCCUCCACUUGCACCCCAGCUGAGCUCCUCUAUGGCAGCCGGACCAGUCGGAGGAUAAACGCCUCCAGAUUUCAGGUAUCCUAUAUAAGGGCCAUUUUGUUAUCAGUGGGGAGAGUGUUUUCCCGUGGGGUUGCUGCAUGAGGUGGAGGACGUGUGCCAUGUUGCCUGAGAGACCACAAUAAACCCGUCUGUGACACGCAACUAUCCUGCCUUGGUCUUCUUUUGCUGUACGGUCCAGCCAGGAAUCAAUCUGAGCAACAUGAGAGGACGUCCUCUGAAGAUGGUCCCAGAGCUGAUCGUCCUGCUGGGGGUCAUUGCUUUGAGUUAUGGUGCCAAACAGAGACCUGAUUAUGACGACACACCCAACCCGGAGUUCCUCAACCCGUCCUGGAUGGCCAGUAUCCCCGAUGAUCAGCCGCUGUCUGAGGUCACCAUGCCUGGGACCCACAACACCAUGGCCCUGUUCGGGGGGGUGUACGCUGAGUGUCAGACCUGGAGCCUGGCCUCUCAGCUCCAAGCAGGCGUCCGCUUCCUGGACGUCCGUGUGCUCCAUGCCAAGGGGAACCUCACCAUCCAUCACGGGGUGUCCUACCAGCGGGCCCACUUCGGUCAUGUGCUGGAGGGUGUAGCUGACUUCCUGCAAGAGUUUCCCAGCGAGACUGUGCUGAUGCGUUUAAAGGAGGAGUACAGUGUGACGAAUGACAUCUAUGGGGCUGUGGUAGACUACAUCCACCGCUACGCUCACUGGGACCUGCUGUGGCACAGCCGGCUGGUGCCCACCAUGGGAGAGGCCCGAGGGAAGCUCAUCAUCCUGCAAGACUUCUCUGGGCCAGAUCUGGGGAUGCGCUAUGGAUCCCUCGACAUAGCAGACAGGUGGAAGGUUCCUACACUGGCGCACGUGGAGGAGAAGUGGCAAAGCGUCUAUGACCACCUGGAGGCUGCGCCCACAGGAAACCAUGCCCAGAUCUUUCUCACAUUCAGCAGUGGAGCUGGAGUGUUUGCUUUCCCCAGAGCCGUCGCUCAGCGCGUCAACGCACAGCUGUACGACUACCUGAGCGCCAAGACCGACCUCAACCAGCGCCUGGGGAUCAUAUGCAUGGACUUCCCUGCUGCUCCCAUGAUUCAAAUGAUCAUUGACUUCCAACUUAAAGAGGUGACAAAGAGGAGGCCGAACUUGAGUCCAGUUCUUAGCAAGCGAAGUCUGAAAUAUCUAAUUCCUCCACAGUGGAAGAAGAUGAGGAAACAAAAUGUUUGAGCCAAAAUGUAAUAUAGGGCACAGUAGAUCACAUCCAGUAGAUCCAUCACUAUGUAUAAUCUAAACACGAUUUAGAUUAUACUUCGGAUAAAACUUGUCAUUGUGUCAUUCAGCAAAGAUACUGGAAACAAAAUAAAGUCACAUAAAUGGCAUCAUGUGGAGAAAUUGAGCAGAAAUAAACUG